CUUUCUUCAAUCCGUCCAAACUUUUGUGCAUGGAUGUUACUCGGGACGAAAUAACGUGCUACACCAUCUAGUCUAGAUCUACAUGUAGGCUAUUUCAGUUGAGGAACAACAUUUUUCAAAGAUUUUUUAGUUUGGUUCUUUGGCAAUAAUUCGAUUUCUCUAGAUACAUUUUUUGGGGGGGAUGCGCCAAAACGUUUUUUGUUUUAAUGUGUUAAUGUUUUAACUGGUUUGUUACGUUUAUGAAAUCAAACACAGAUGCAGUAAAUUGAGAAUGACCGCUAUUAUGUUGAAGUGCCUUGUCUUGGCGCUCUUUAUUUGCGGGCACAAAGUCCUGACCGACCCGCGAGAUGAGGGUGGCCAGGAGCACUUUGAUUCCAUGGACAGUGACAGCGCUUCAACCCUGGCAUUUGUGUUCGAUGUUACUGGCUCAAUGUAUGACGACCUCAAACAGGUGAUAGAUGGUGCCUCUCGGAUCCUGGAAAAGACCCUCAACCGGAGGACAAGACCCAUCAAAAACUUUGUCCUCGUGCCAUUUCAUGACCCAGACAUUGGCCCUGUGUCCAUCACCACUGACCCAAAGAAGUUCCAGCAGGAUCUGCAGGAGCUGUUUGUCCAAGGAGGUGGAGACUGUCCAGAGAUGAGUAUAGGAGCCAUAAAGAAGGCCCUGGAGGUGUCCCUACCAGGCUCCUUUAUCUACGUGUUCACUGACGCCAGAGCCAAAGACUACCGCCUCAAACGGGACGUACUGCAGCUGGUGCAGCUCCGACAAUCACAGGUUGUGUUUGUGCUGACUGGGGACUGUGGAGACCGCUCUCAGCCUGGGUAUAGAGCCUAUGAGGAGAUCGCUGCCACAAGUUCUGGACAGAUCUUCCACCUGGACAAGCAGCAGGUCAAUGAGGUCUUGAAGUGGGUGGAGGAGACAGUGCAGGCCCUGAAGGUUCACCUGCUCUCUUCCAAUCAUGACAGCGCUCAGGAGAACCAGUGGGAGGUGCCCUUUGACCCCAGCCUGAAGGAGGUCACUGUGUCACUUAGUGGGCCAGCCCCUCAGAUCGAGCUCAGGGAUCCCCUUGGUCACACUGUUAGAGUGGAGGAGGGCCUCACAGAGCUGCUGAAUAUCCCAAACUCUGCCCGUGUUGUCAACCUAAAGUUCCCCCGACCUGGAGCCUGGACUCUGAAGGUGGGCUGCGGUGGCCGCCACACUCUGAGAGUUACAGGGGUCAGUAAUCUGGACUUCCGGGCUGGGUUCUCCAGUAUACCAGUGUCUGAGUUCAACCAUACCAGGGAGAGACCCAUCAAAGGAGUUCCAGCCCAUGUGCUGCUGAAGUGUACAGGGCUGAAGCCCCCAGGUCAGCUGAGUCACAUGGAGUUAGUUUCAGGUUCAGGACGCUCCCUACGCACCCUCCCCGUGCCUCUGCCCUCAGACAGUGGCAGCCGAGGACUCUGGAGUGUCCCAAAAUUUCGCACUCCUUCCCAAAGCUUCUUCCUUAAGGUGACAGGGAAGGAUGAUAAAGGAUACCCCUUCCAGAGGUUGUCCAGUGUCUCCUACACAAACAUCAUCCCAGAUCCCCCAGCGGUGAGCAUGCCCAAGGUGGUGAACGGCUUUUAUAUGCAGCCCGCUAUGAUUGGCUGUUCGGUAGAGAGCGACGUUCCCUAUAGGCUGAGGUUCACCAGGAGUGGCGUUGCUAUUGGGGAGGAGAAGUUGUUCCAGUGGAGACGGGUAUACACAGUGGAUUUUGUAUUCUCUGGUAAAGCAUUUUGGGAAAUUCCACAUGCCUCGGGUGAGGAUGAGGGUCCGUACGAGUGCAUCGCUCAGAGCAGCGCAGGACUCAGACGAGCGCUCACACAGCUGACCGUGAGAGAGCCUCCUCCGGUGCUGAAGGCCCCACUGAACGUGAGCUCUACGGUGGGGGCUGUGGCUGUGAUGGCCUGCCAGGUGGAGGGCUCCAUGCGCCACAACCUGACUUGGCAGCGGGCAGGCCUCACUAUCUUGGCCCACUCUGGGAGGAUCAGGGUCCUGCCCAACUCCUUCCUGGAGAUCAAUGAGGUGCAGCCCCAGGAUGCCGGCCAGUACCAGUGUGUGGCCACCAAUGCCAACGGAGACAGCCGAGUCACAGUGUGGCUGCUCGUCCCAGAGGCCCCUUCUGUGGUAGUCAGACCCCAGAGACAAGCCUUCUCCAGGGGGUCUGAGGUCCGCCUCGUCUGCACAGCAGCCGGUUCCCCCCCUCCGCAGCUCUUCUGGAGUCAUGGAAACAUGUUCCUCCCUAAUCGGCCAAGGAUGAGUAUAUCCAACCACGGAGUUCUAACAAUCAGAGAUGCCCUCCCCGAGGAUGCUGGGAACUACACCUGCCUGGCAACCAACGAGGCUGGAACGGCCACUCAGACUGUGUCUCUCAAUUAUGCAGAGGAACCCAGUAUCUGGGUGGUGAAACAGGUUGUAAUGGUGGCAGUUGGAGGUGAUGCGACUCUGGAGUGCCGAGCCACCGGAGUUCCUCUUCCUCUGGUCAAAUGGUCCAAAGGUGAUCUACAGGCGGGCUCAGUUCCUUUUGCUGAGCAGGACGUGCAUCACGGGACGCUGCAGAUCCGAAGAGUGCAGGCGAUGGAUGCUGGGGAGUACAGCUGUGUGGCCAGUAACCCUGCGGGAACCUCGUCUGCUACUGUUAUCCUGGAGGUCGGAGUGGCCCCACUAUUCUCAGAAACCCCAGUUGACAUGACAGUGGAUGUGGGGGAGAAUGUCACGCUGCCCUGUGUUGCCCGGGGUUUCCCCUUGCCUACAGUUACCUGGCGUCUAAAGGAUGGUAGAGCGAUCAUCUCUGAAGCAUACAGCAGCGAUGGCACGGUGCAACUAGAAACAGGGCAUCUCCUGAUCCAGGAUGUCUGGUUGGAUGAUGAAGGCCUGUAUGUCUGUGAGGCCAAGAAUCAGUUCGGAACCAUCAGGACUGAGGCUAGAGUCAGUGUCAGUGGACUGGAGCCCCCUCUUUUGGCACAUGGUGCCCCAGUCAUCACCACUGGGAUUAGUCAGUCCCUGAGCAUACCCUGCAUGCUAUUGGAUGGAAUACCCCUGCCAGAGAGACACUGGACCCAUAAUGGAAACCAACUGCAGCUGAGUGGCAGGAAGUUCCUGAGGAGCGAUGGCAGCCUGUACAUAGAGAGGCUACUCCCAGAGGAUGCUGGAAUCUAUGUUUGCACUGCGGUGAACGUAGCCGGGUCAGUCAACACAUCAGUCAGCCUGGAAGUCCAUGUGCCCCCAGAGAUCAGCGCUGGUCCAUACCACUACAUAGCCAACGAGGGCGUGGCCAUCACCAUGUCAUGUGAGUCCAGCGGAGUUCCCAAGCCAACUGUUGUCUGGUCCAAGGGAAGGGAGCCCCUGCCCAGAGACAGGUCGUCCCCCCAGUCAAACCCUGAUGGCUUCCUCCAUAUCCUCAACCCCGCUGCAGAAGAUGCAGGCAUAUAUAUUUGCACAGCCAUCAGUGCAGUGGGCUACACCAGCCGUGAGAUCAAGCUUAGUGUCAACACCAAGCCUAAGCUCGUAGGUGUGAGUGGUGAGGAGAACACAGUGAAAAUGGCUGCUGAGGUGGGCUCUGAGGUCAUCCUCCCUUGUGAGGUCCAGGGCAGUCCCUCUCCUCUGGUCACAUGGAGCAGGAACGGCCAGCCAAUCCCUCCAGUCACUGCUUGGUUCACCGUGCUGCCUUCUGGUUCUCUCAAGAUCACCGAUGUCCGACUGAUUGAUAGUAAACUUUACACCUGCUCAGCAGAAAACCCAGCCGGCAACGUGUCGCUCAACUACAAUUUACACAUACAAGUUAAGCCCAAGAUCCAGGCAGCUCCGUCCCUGCUGAAGGCGCUGAUAGGCCAGACGGUGGUUCUGCCGUGUGUGGUUCAGGGGGAGCCCAGACCUGAGAUCAGCUGGUUCCACAACGGACGUCCUGUCGAGGCGAGGGACACUGCAGCCCUCAGAAUCCACAGGGCCAGCCUCACUGACCAGGGCACCUACAGCUGUGUGGCCAAGAACACUGCUGGACAGGAUACCAUGGAGGUCAAACUGGAGGUGCUAGGUGAGAAAUCGGAUUCAUCAAUAAUGCAGCUUUUCUCUCCUAAUAUACUGUACAUCUAUUUAUUUAUCCAUUCAUCAGAUCAGCCCAAGCACUCCGCGAACAAUUUCCACAGAAUGAUACACAAUAGUGUCAUUGUCAAUAGUGUUGAAAAAGGUUCACACAGAACUGACUGUAACAGUAUACCUAAAAUAGAUAUUUUCCCGUUUUACAUUAAGGAAACACUGUCCCAGCUUAACCCAAUGAGUCCCAUCACCUCCUUACAACACUACACACACCACCUCUCUGUUCUCUCUACACCCGCAGGCUCACCCUUUCCAAAGGUGCGCUGGUUCAAGAACGGUCUUGGGAUAUUCCCUGACCAAUCAGAGUUCUCUGUGGCAGAAGAUGGCUCUCUUGUGAUUGGCUCUGCAUCUGCCAGUCACAGCGGGGACUUCAAGUGUGUGGCCAGCAAUGAUGCAGGCUCUGUUGAGCGGAAGACACGGCUGAAAGUGAAUGUUCCCCCCGAGAUACAGGAUGAUGGACAGCCCCUGAACCUGACUGUCACCCUGAAGCAGCCCCUCACUCUCGGCUGUGAUGCCUUUGGUAUCCCCUCCCCCACAAUCACCUGGACUAAAGACGGACAUAAUGUGGUGGACUCCCUUGGAGUGUACCUCCAGAAUGGGAAGAGACUUCUGAGAAUCUACCGGGUCCAGGAAGAGCAUGGUGGCCAGUUCACCUGCACAGCUAGUAACACAGCCGGGCAGGCCCGAAGGAACUACAACAUUGUAGUACAAGCCCCACCAGUAAUCUCGGGGACAUCCAGGGUACAAGACCUGUCAGUGGUUGCUGGACAGGAGGUGGAGGUCCAGUGUUGGGUCGGUGGGCGCCCAGCCCCCAAAGUAGAAUGGAGCCGGGAUGGAGAGGUGCUGUCCAAGGAUGGUGACCCCCAUGUGGAGUUCCAUGAGCAGGGCCAGGUGAUGAAGGUGAAGACAGUCAGACUGAGGGACCAGGGCUUGUACCAGUGUCUGGCCAGUAAUAGCGCUGGGACACAGAUGCGCCAGUUCAGACUCAUAGUGCUAGCUCCCCCCACCAUCAGCGGCCCCAGUGAGACCUCAGAGGUGUCUGUGGUGUUGGGUUUCCCCACCGUUCUGCCUUGUGAUGUAGAAGGUUCUCCCAUGCCCAGUAUCACCUGGCUGAAGGACAACCAGCCCAUUGUGUCCAGUGCCCAGCUCACCUACACCCGGGGUGGGCAGGCGCUACGGCUGGGGACAGCACAUGGAGACAGUGCUGGUAUCUAUACCUGCCGAGCCUCAAACCCUGCAGGCACCACUCUCAAACACUACUCACUCAGUGUGCUUGUUCCACCCCAGAUUGAAGGCAACUCUACAUCUCUGAGUUUUGGCGGCCGAGAUGAGAAAGUGCGUAUCAAUGGCUCAUUAACCCUGUCCUGUCUGGCUAAAGGCUUCCCUGAACCCAAGACCCAGUGGUUCAAAGAUGGACUGUUGUUGACUAGGAAUUCCCACACUGGUAUUCGUGAGAGUGGUCAGUUCCUUCACAUAGACAAUGCCAUACUCUCCCAUGAGGGACAAUACACCUGUGUGGUCACCAACACUGCAGGAGAGGACAAGAGAGACUUCUAUGUCACCAUUCAUGUUCCUCCCAUCUUCCAUCGGGUGAGUAACGGUGCAGCAGCCUGGGGUCUGGGAGGAGAGGAUGAAGAAGAGGAGGGAGGGGACAGAGAUGAUGAGAUAACUGAGAAGAGAGAGGUGGUCCUGGGGCAUCCCAUCAGCCUGUCCUGUGAGAGUAACGCCAUCCCCCCGCCCCAUCUUAGCUGGUAUAGAGAGGGACACAAGCUCUCCACUGCUGACGGAGUGGUACUGCUUCCAGGUGGGCAGGUGCUCCAGAUCCCUCGGGUCCAGCAGGAGGAUGCUGGAAAAUAUACAUGUCAGGCGGUGAACGAAGCAGGAGAGGACCGCAUGCACUUUGACCUGGAUGUGCUGGUUCCCCCAGUGAUAACUGGCCAGUUGGAUGAGUUCAUGCAGGAGAUAGGAGCGAUAGUGAACAGCACAGUGGCUCUCCACUGUGACGUAACGGGUCAUCCAGCACCAGCAAUCUCCUGGCUGAGGGACGGCACACCACUGCACUCCGGACAACACCACAGCAUCAGUAAGGACGGGAGACAACUACAGGUCCUCAGUGUACAGGUAUCAGACAUGGCUGGUUACCUUUGUGUGGCUGAAAACAAGGUUGGAGCAGUGGAAAAGCUCUUCAGUCUAACAGUGCAAGUUCCCCCAAGGAUGGUGGCUGGCAGGGAGGAGGAGGUGAGUGUGAUCCAGGGACACAUGGUGUCCCUGCUGUGUGACGUCCAGGCGUACCCUCCUCCAGAGAUCACAUGGACCAGAGAUGGACAGAUCCUCCAGUUCAGCAUGGGAAUCCACAUCCUGCCAGGAGGUCAGAUGCUGCAGCUGCCCCGGGCCAGACUAGAGGAUGCAGGACAGUACGUGUGCACUGCCACCAACUCAGCAGGCCAGGACCAGAAGAGCAUCCUACUCAGUGUUUAUGUCCUGCCCACGUUGAAACCCCGCCUUGACUCUGAGUCAGAGUUCGUGACCCCUCAGAUGGGCUCGUCUGUCACUCUGCGCUGUGAGGCUCGGGGGAUCCCAGAGCCUGAGGUCACAUGGUACAGGAACGGGCUACAGCUGGCAGCUGGGAAUGGACUGAAGGUGGACCAGCAGACACUGGAGAUCAUGGGAGUGCAGAUGGCUGAUGGUGGAAUCUACACCUGCAAGGUGUCCAAUGUGGCUGGACAGGUGGACAGGACCUUCCGCUUGACUGUCCAUGUUCCCCCUGUCCUGGAUGGGCCUCUUCAUGAGUCUCUCACUCAAAACCUGGGCUCCCAUGUCACCUUGUUGUGUGAAGCUACAGGGGUCCCAGUACCUAGCAUCACCUGGAUGAAGGAUGGCACCCCUAUUGAGAGCAGUCUGCAGUGGCAGUGGUCGGUACGAGGCAACAGACUGGAGCUGGGUCCUCUCACCCUCUCUCACGCUGGGACCUACACCUGUGUGGCCAAGAACAGGGAGGGACAGACUCAGAAGGAUUACACUCUCACAGUGCAAGUGUCGCCCACGAUCCUGGACUCUGGCCACUCGUCUGACCUGAGUGCCCCAGUGGGCGAUGAUCUGACUCUGGAGUGCAGAGUGACAGGGACACCUGCACCCCACCUCAGCUGGCUGAAGAACGGCGCCACUCUGGAAGAUUCAGACCCCCAAAAAAUAGACAUAGCCCCUGAUGGGAGCACUCUAACCCUGCUAAGGCUCAGGCCUGAGGACUCUGGGACGUACACCUGUCUGGCUGUCAGCCCUGCUGGCCAGGAGAACAAGAUCUACACCCUCUUUGUACUGGUACCCCCGUCUAUCUCAGGCGAGACUAGCGCCCCCAGAGAGGUGCAGACCACCCAGGACAGUGUGAUGACACUGGAGUGCCAGGCAGCGGGAAACCCUCCACCUCAGAUCAGCUGGCUGAGAAAUGGACGCCCCCUGCUCCUGUCUCCCCGUACCCGCCUUCUCUCAGCAGACGCUGUACUUAGGAUUUCUCCAGUGCAGCUGGCAGACUCUGGGAUCUAUACAUGUGUGGCACGCAGUCGCGCUGGCCUCGCCGAGCUCAACUUUGACGUACAGGUUCAAGUGCCUCCAGGUGUGGAGCCUGUAGAGUCAGUCACAGUGGUGCGGGGGUCCUUGGUGACACUGACCUGUGAGGCGCGGGGUGUCCCUCCUCCCUCCCUGACCUGGCUGAAGGACGGCCAGCCCCUGUCCCUGCACCGUAACCUGCUGUUGGACGGCCAGGAGACACGGCUGCAGCUGCCUGAUGUGGGGCUCUCUGACAGAGGCCUCUAUAGCUGUGUCGCCAGCAACCAGGCUGGCAGCAGCACCAAGAGCUUCAACCUCACUGUGUUGGUUCCUCCAAAGAUUUCCAUCUCCAGUUCUCCAGAAGAGUUGAUGGUAGCUGUGAACACUGCUCUGGAGCUGGAGUGUACUGCCGAGGGCAUCCCUCCUCCUACCCUCAGCUGGCUCAAGGAUGGGCACCCCUUACAGGGAGAUAGUGAGAGAGUGCAGGAGGAUGGACACUUUCUUAGGAUUACCCAAGUGCAGGUAGAGGAUGCAGGUCUUUAUACCUGUCUGGCUACCAGCCCAGCGGGCGAGGAUGGAAAGAACCACUGGGUCCGGGUUCAAGUUCCGCCAACUCUUCUUGGCUCUGAUGAUGUCAGAUUGUUGUCAGUCCCAGCCAAAGGACACCUGACUAUGGAGUGCCAGGCUGACCUUGACCCUGCACCUGAUAUAGAAUGGUACAAGGACGACGUGAGACUACAGCUGGGGGGUCGCAUCCAGAGGCUUGCCGGGGGUCAGUACCUGGAGAUCCAGAAUGUUAGGCCUCAGGACAGUGGCCAGUACAGCUGUGUGGUCACUAACAUGGCCGGAAGCACCAGCCUUUUCUUCACUGUGGAGAUCCUCUUGCCACCAGUCAUCAAAGAGAGCAGCUCUGAGGUCACUGCACAUAUCAGGCAGGAUGCAGUCCUGCCCUGUGAAGUAGAGGGGGAAACCUCACCUAGGGUCAUGUGGAGGAAAAAUGGCAUCCCUAUAGAUCCUGACAAUAACAAGUACACCAUGCUGUCUGAAGGCUCUCUGCGUGUAAAGGCUGUUCAGCUAAGUGACGCUGGCCGCUACUACUGCACCGUGUCCAAUCAGGCCGGAUCAGAUCAUAGUGGGAUGGACUUGCGUGUGUUAGUGGGUCCCUCGAUCAGCCCUGGUCCUUUCAAUGUGACGGUGACCACAGGGGUGAGAGCCGUACUGAGCUGUGAGACUACAGGUAUACCAGCCCCUAAAGUCACCUGGAAGAGGAACGGCACUCCACUAGACCCCAACCAGCAGCCUGGCACAUAUAAGUUACUCUCCUCUGGAUCUCUGACAAUUUCCUCUCCAUCCAAUCAGGAUGAGGGAUACUUUGAAUGCACAGCAGCCAAUGAGGUUGGAGAGGAGCGCCAGGUCAUUGAGGUCAUCCUACAAGUCGCUCCAACCAUUGAAGAUGACAUUACAACAGUCACUGCUAUCAAAAUGGCCCCUGUGGUGCUGCCAUGCCAUGCACAGGGCAUCCCAGAGCCCACUGUCAGCUGGACCAAGAGUGGAGCCAAGCUGGGAUCCCGGGGAGGAAGUUACCGGGUCCUGCCCACAGGAGUUUUGGAGAUCACAGCUGCUACCCCCAGUCAUGCAGGGAGGUACACCUGCUCUGCCCGGAACCCUGCAGGAGUGACCCACAAACACAUCACUCUCACAGUGCAAGAGCCCCCUGAGAUCAGGCCUAUGACAGAGGAAGUACAAGUAGUGUUGCAUCAUGGGACGGUUCUGCCUUGCGAUGUGCAGGGUUUCCCCCGACCCUCCAUCACCUGGCAACAAGAUGGUGUUCCCAUAUCAGCUGGUCACAAACUGGCUCUCCUCUCAAACGGAGCUCUGAAGUUCUCUCGAGUCACUCUGGGUGAUGCGGGCACCUACCAGUGUCUGGCACAGAACGAAGCUGGCACAGCAAUAGGAAGGACACGUCUAGUACUGCAAGUUCCCCCAGUGCUGAGAGUUCCUCGUGAGGAGUACACAGCAGUCCUGGGCCAGCCAGCGAGCCUGGAGUGUUUGGCAGACGGACAGCCCCAGCCGGAGGUGUCCUGGCAAAGGGAGCGCAGGCCCCUCACAGAGGGGGCACACAUACAGCUCUUUGCCAAUGGCACCCUGAGGAUCGCAGCCACACAACGCAGUGAUGCUGGACUGUACACCUGCUCAGCCAAAAACCUCGCUGGCAGGGCCAGCCAUGACGUGAGGCUUGUCAUAAUGAUCCCGCCCAUGAUUCCUGUUGGUCAGCCGGAGUUGUCCGUCAUCCAGGGCUUCCAGGCCUUGUUACCCUGUGCGGCUCAGGGUUCACCAGAGCCCAGGGUGUCAUGGAAGAAGGAUGGUAACAUCGUUCCCAGCCUGCCUGGCAAAUUCACCGUGCUGCGGUCAGGAGAGCUGAUCAUUGAGAGGGCAGAGCCAGAUGAUGGUGGUGUGUUCACCUGUGUGGCCACCAACACAGCAGGCACUGUGAGACAGGACACCCGCCUGUCCGUCAACAUGAGACCCGCCUUCAAGGAGUUACCUGCUGACGUGACCAUGAACAAAGGUCAAAGUCUCAGCUUGUCUUGCCACGCCCAGGGCAUCCCUACCCCUGUCAUCUCCUGGACCGCUAACAACAGCCCCUAUCCAGUUUCCAGUGUGGACGAGGCAGGCAGAAGCUCCUUGGUAAUAGAGAAUGUGACCUUGAGGGAUGCAGGAACCUAUGUGUGCCUAGCAGAGAACAGUGUGGGCACCAUCAGAGCACUCUCAUUUGUCCGCAUCAGAGAACCACCGGUGUUGAAGGGAGAGGCCCACACCUCUCAGACUGUGGCCCAGAGUGCCACUGCCAUGCUGGACUGUCCUGUCCAUGGAGACCCCAGUCCGGUCCUCCGCUGGGUCCAUGACGGCAGACCCCUUCUCCGCUCCCUUCGCCUGCAACCCCUCCAUAAUGGCUCCUUGGCCAUCUACAGCAUCACGAGAGAAGAUGCAGGGGAGUACCAGUGUGUGGCUGAGAGUGAGGCUGGGGUCGCUGAGAGGACCAUUUCUCUCAAAGUACAGAUCAAUGGAGGUUAUUCUAACUGGGAGGAUUGGGGCCCAUGCAGCACCACCUGUGGUCGAGGGAAUCAGGAGCGAAUCAGGUUAUGCAACAAUCCAGAGCUGGCCAAUGGGGGGAAAUCAUGUGACGCUCCCAGUAGGGACUCCAGGAGAUGUCAGAUUGGACUCUGUCCAGGGGAGGCCCCUCGUAAGGCCAGGGGGAGUCUGAUAGGGGUGGUGAAUGAUAGGGAGUUUGGGGUGUCGUUCCUGGAGGCUAACAUCACAGAUAACCCAGAAGAGGGCACCAGCACCCUGCAGGCCCACCUGGACAACAUCCCUCCUAGUGUGGGUCCAUUGCUACGGGUGUUGGUGUCUGUGUUUGCUCCCAUCUACUGGACCACAGUGCUGCAGACUGGAGCAGCCAGGAACGGCUACUCCCUGACCCAGGGCCUGUUCAGACAGGAGUCACAGCUGGAGUUUGACACAGGAGAGAUCCUUCAGUUGACCCAUGUAGCCAGAGGUCUGGACUCAGAGGGGGCUCUCCUAAUAGACAUUGUUAUCAACGGCUUUGUCCCUCUGACAUUAUCAACCUCCCAUCUCAAUCUGCAGGAGUUUGAUGAGUCAUACGUGCAAACGGGACCAGGGCAGCUGUACUCAUGGUCGUCCCAGGCCCACCAGAGAGCAGACGGUCCCAUGGUGCUGCGCUGUAACCACUCCAUCAUCUACGAGGGCCGAGAGGAGCGUCAGGGGCCACUGCUGCAGCUCAUCAAGGUGUCCCAGAUGGAUGGCAUCUACAGCAUGUUCACUCUCAGUCUGGACUUCCAGAUCACAGCCUCCCUACUCCUACCUGAUGGGGAUGGAAAAACAUGCCCGGAAGGUUUUGUCCUGGAUACAGCCUCUUACUGUACAGAUGAGGAUGAAUGUGCUGCCGAGUCGCCUUGCUCACAUUCCUGCAACAAUGUGAUGGGUGGCUUCUCCUGUGCCUGUCCCUCUGGCUUCACCAUCUCCCCAGAAACCAACACAUGUCAAGAUAUUGAUGAAUGUGCCCAGGGCUCCCACAUGUGCCACUACAACCAGCAGUGUGUGAACACGGUUGGCACAUACCGCUGCCAGGCUAAAUGUGUCCCAGGCUUCAAGCCCAGCGCCAUGGGAUCCAGCUGUGAAGAUGUGGAUGAGUGCCAGGAGUCGUCUCUCUCCCCGUGUCAGCAGCAGUGUCUGAACACCUUGGGCUCCUUCCGCUGUGUCUGCAACCCUGGCUACCAGCUGUCUGGCCAGCGCUGUCUUGACAUCAACGAGUGCAGCAGGAAUGUGUGCCCAGCUCACCAGCAGUGCCGCAACACCGAGGGAGGCUACCAGUGUUUCGACAGCUGCCCAGCUGGCAUGAGAAUGGGAGAGAAUGGAGCCUGCGUGGAUGUGGACGAAUGCCAGGAUGGAAGCCACUUGUGCCGUUACAGCCAGAUGUGUCAGAACACCAUUGGGGGGUACGGCUGUGUCUGCCCCAGAGGUUAUCAGUCCCAGGGGGUGGGCCGUCCAUGCCUGGACAUUGAUGAGUGCCUACAGAGGCCAAGCCCCUGUGCCCACCAGUGCCGUAACAUGCCAGGCAGCUUCCGGUGCCUCUGCCCACCAGGCACUGUGUUAACGGGGGAUGGGCGCACUUGUGCUGGUCUAGAGAGAGGACAGGCCUUCUCCAACGGUAGCCGUGUCAGGGCAAGACUGCGCCCACAGCUGGUGUCGUCGCUGGGUAGGCCCAUUCCCUCUCGGCAUCAUGGGGUAUCUCGCAUCACCAGACAGAGCUGCCCCAUAGGCUAUACCAACAGAGAUGGCACAUGUGUCGAUCUGGAUGAGUGCUUGCUGAGGAACCCGUGCCAACAUGAGUGCCGGAACACAAUAGGGGGUUUCCAGUGCCUCUGUCCUACAGGCUACCAGCUGUUACCCAACGGCAGGAGCUGCACAGACAUUGAUGAGUGUGCAGUACAAGGCAUCCAGUGUGGACACAACCAGAUGUGCUUCAACACUCGUGGAGGAUAUCAGUGUUUGGACACGCCCUGCCCUGCAUCCUAUCAGAAAGGAGGUAGCCCAGGGACGUGCUACAGACCCUGCUCUCGGGACUGUGGCUCUGGGGGUUCCCCUCUGCUACUGCAGUACAAGCUGUUGACCCUCCCCCUGGGCAUCCCAGCCAAUCACAACGUGGUGCGCCUGUCUGCCUUCUCGGAGGGCGGGGUGUUGCAGGAGAUAACAUCCUUCACCAUUCUAGAGCAGGGCAAUGAGGGGGGUCCAGGGGUGGGGGCAGGGGGCCAGAUGUUUGGCAUCAGGGACGAGGCAGGCAGGGGCAUCAUCUUCACCAUGCGGCCCCUGCAGAGGUCAGGCCUGGUGCGUCUCGGGGUGCAGGCCACCACCCUCUCCACACAGGGCCGCAUCACAUACCAGAGCAUCUUCAUCAUCUAUAUCUCCAUCUCUAGUUACCCCUACUGAGAUGAGCCCCCCCAGCUGGAGGCUGGAACUGACUGUGUGUGCCCCUGAGAGGCCACUGACCCCUCCUUCACCAACCUCUGUAGAAUCAGGCCCACAGCCUGGAGGCCUGUGAGACAGAGCGUGCUAACCAAGCCAAGAAAGCACUAAUAAUGAGACAAGGUAAACAGUAUUAACACUAAGGAUUUCAUGGAUAUUUGGACCCUCUGGUACAGUAAGUAAACUGGAUUGAAAUGGAUCUUAAACUGUGGGGACACAAUUUUGCCAAAAUCUGUUCUUGUAAAGAAAUUGACCUUUUAUAAGAUUUGUUGGAUUCAUUACAAUGAACACUCCAAAGAUGGUCCUGUAGCAUUAGAAUUGCGUGUAGUUAUUUAUAUUGUGAUAAUGCUACAGGUGUGGCAAUAUUAUUUUAUCCCAAGUGUUUUUCUAUCAUUUUUUAAGUCAUUGUUGUCACUUGAACCAGCUAUAAGGUGCUAUUCUGAAGGUACUUGACAGCUUUGUUGAAUCAGUAAGGCAAAUGGUGUUUGCAUUGCAAGAACAAAUCGAUAAGAAAAGAUUGCUUCACCUGGCCUGGACUAAACCAUCUUAAGCAGUACAAGUACAAGACCGUUUGAGAGUUUGCACUUAUCGGAAUCUGUUUUGAAUGGAGUUGGCCUCAGGUAGUAGGGCCACAAUAUGGACAUCAAUGUCCCUUUCUGCUUAAACCGUUUUAGUCAUUA